AUGAGGCAACGGAGAUGGUUGGAAUUGAUUAAAGAUUAUGACUGUGACAUUCUUUACCAUCCGGGUAAAGCUAAUGUUGUGGCGGAUGCACUUAGUCGGAAGGAAUACCCACCACCUAUUCGAGUGAAAUCAAUGAGAAUGAUAGUUACCCCAAACCUUCUUGAAACAAUACGUGAGGCGCAAGAUAAGUCCUUAAAUGUUGGUGAUCCGAAAGGUGAAAGAACGAAAGGGUUUGAAAAUGAAUUUGAAGUGAAUGCAAGUGGGUUAAGGACGAGGUUUGCACGGAUUUGGAUACCGCGACACUGUGAGGCGAAGACCUUAUUAUUGGAAGAAGCACACAAGUCCCGUUACUCGGUUCAUCCGGGGGCCACUAAAAUGUACCGAGAUUUGAAAGAAAAUUUUUGGUGGCCGGGAAUGAAACGCGACAUUGUUAAAUAUGUAUCCAAAUGCUUGACAUGUUCCCAAGUUAAGGCGGAACAUCAAAAACCAUACGGGAAACUGCAACCCUUAGAGAUUCCGGUAUGGAAAUGGGAAAAUGUAGCCAUGGACCUUGUAACUAAACUGCCGAAGACAAAGAAAGGGCAUGACGCAAUAUGGGUCAUUGUCGACCGUCUUACUAAAAGCGCCCAUUUUCUACCCAUUCGGGAGACUUUUUCCUCGGAAAGCUACCAAAGUAGCAUACAAAUGGCGCCAUAUGAGAUGUUGUAUGGGAGAAGGUGUAGAACCCCUGUUUGUUGGGGAGAAGUAGGACAAAGAGAACUCGCACCGAAUGAUGUGGUGGCGAUAACUAAUGAAAAGAUCGACAUCGUACGGGCUCGAUUAAAAGCGGCACAAGACCGACAAAAGUCCUAUGCGGAUGAAAGAAGACGCCCUAUUGAGUUUCAAGUAGGGGACCGAGUGUUCCUGAAGGUGUCCCCGUGGAAAGGCAUAAUCCGAUUUCGUAAGCAAGGAAAGUUGGGUCCCCGAUAUAUCGGACCAUUCGAGAUUUUAGCUCGAGUUGGAAAGGUGGCCUACUGGUUAAGGUUACCUUCCUCCUUAGAGGGAAUUCACAAUACCUUCCAUGUGUCACAAUUACGAAAGUGUCUUGCGGAUGAAACGGCUCAUGUACCGCUUGAAGACAUUGAAAUAGACGAAAAGAUGAAUUACAUAGAAAGACCGAUAGCUAUAAAAGAUUCCAAGGUAAAGACUCUCCGCAACAAAGAAAUUAAGCAAGUUCUAGUUCAAUGGCAACACAGGAAGGGGUCGGAUCUCACUUGGGAACCGGAGGAAGAAAUGAAAAAGUUCUACCCGUCUCGAUUUGGUACGUAA